UGGCUUCCCUGGAAUCGCGUGGAACCAAUGGGAGCAUCCGAAGAGCGUUUCCGGGCGUUAUAAAUACUCGAGUGGGCGACAUCCUUUACCAGUUGAUCUUUUCUUUCCUGAGGACCAGCUGUUCCCAAGCAUCCCGGACGCGAGCCAAGCAGAUCUGAGACCUGGAUCUGACCACAGGCCGAGGUCCCGGUGCAGCUAUGUCGUUGUUGGAGGAAACGCGGCCGUUCGCCCAGCAGCUGUCCAAUGUCUACUUUACAAUACUCUCGCUCUUCUGUUUCAAACUCUUCGUGAAAAUCAGCCUGGCCAUCCUGAGCCAUUUCUAUAUCGUGAAAGGCAACCGCAAGGAAGCGGCCAGGAUUGCCGCGGAGUUUUAUGGAGGAUCCCAAGGACAAGGUUCCUGGGCAGACAGGUCACCUCUCCAUGAAGCAGCUAGCCAAGGUCGUCUGCUUGCUCUGAGGACAUUGUUAUCACAGGGUUAUAAUGUAAAUGCAGUAACCAUAGACCAUGUCACACCAUUGCAUGAAGCCUGCCUUGGAGAUCACGUGGCAUGUGCCAGAACUCUCCUAGAAGCUGGUGCUAAUGCAAAUGCAAUCACAAUAGAUGGCGUGACCCCCUUAUUCAAUGCCUGCUCCCAGGGAAGUACCAGCUGUACAGAACUACUUUUGGAAUAUGGUGCCAGAGCACAGUUGGAAUCUUGUCUUCCUUCUCCCACUCAUGAGGCUGCCAGUAAAGGUCACCAUGAAUGUCUAGAAAUAUUGAUAUCCUGGGGCAUUGAUGUUGACCAAGACAUUCCUCACUUGGGAACACCUCUCUAUGUAGCUUGUAUGUCACAGCAGUUCCACUGUGUCCGGAAGCUUCUUUAUGCUGGUGCUGAUGUACAAAAGGGAAAAUACUGGGAUACUCCAUUACAUGCUGCUGCACAACAAUCCAGUGUGGAAAUUAUCACCUUAUUGCUAGAAUUUGGAGCAGAUAUUAAUGCCAAAGAUUCUGAGUGUCGGCGACCUAUAGAUGUAGCUACUUCCAGCAGUCUAGUGGAACGAUUAUUGCUUCAACACGAAGUUACCCCAUGCUCACUUUGCCAACUUUGUCGACUCUGUAUCAGAAGCUACAUAGGAAGAUCAAGACUGCACCUCAUCCCGCAGCUCCAGUUACCAACCUUACUGCAGAACUUCUUACAGUACCGAUAAAGCAGUAAAAUACUUCUAAAGGCCAUGAAGAUCAAAAAUUUCUUUUGCACAUGCAUAAAAUUUCACAUAAAGAUAUGCUAGGGUGGGGGGAGGAAAUGAAUGUAAGGACACCCAAGGAAAAGUGGAAUAACAACAAUUUUAAGGGUACUAAAUAAUUCUCUUGUUUCAUGCAUUUUUACUGUCUUUGAAGUACAGUAUAUUACAAAUAUCUGCAAUAAUUAGCUAUCCCGAUAUGUCCUCUUGUUGAUUUAGAAACAUUUUUAUGUUUUAUGUUCUUUCCUACUGAGGGAAAGAAAAACUUGAAUUCUAAUGAGUACUACAUUGUAUUCUAUUUUGAAAGAUGACUGUUCUCCAAAUAGUGGAUUAACUUUUUUUUUUAUUUUGGUCACUGUAAUUGAAUUUCCCUGUAUUUUUAUAUUGAUGCAAAAUAUGAGUAUGGUUCAAACAAGAAUAGUUGAUGUUCUUUUUCAAAUA